UUAUUAAGUUAUAUGGAAAUGACGAAUAGAUGUAUUUUGAAUAACAGAAGUGACUAAUAAAAAUGUGUGAUUAAUCGAUAGAUAAAGUAAAGAUGGCUAUAUUGUUCUUUUCGUGGUUUUUAGUUCAAAUUGCUCUUACUACAGGAGAUUGCCCAAGACACUGCUUUAUCUCUUCGUCCAGUAGAUCUACUUGUUGUACGUGUGGACAUGAAUGGGUAACAACUAAAUGUAUUGACAAAUGUCUUAAUGUUAAGGAUUGUCAUAGCUGCUUUGGUCAUCCAAGUACAUGGUACGAUGAAGAUAUAAUUCUCAACUGUUCUAGAUGCCAUGAAUAUGUAAAUCAUAGUACUGGUGAAUGUAAAUCGUGUCCUGAUGGAUGUGUUUCUUGUUUCGACGGUACAUUUUGUUACGAAUGUAUAAACGGCUUGUAUGGUAACAACUGUAAUAAAAAAUGUGGCAACUGUAUACCUAGCUCUUUGGGCGUGGUAAAGUGUAACAGAGGGACUGGCAAAUGUAGUGGGUGUGUAAAUGGAUAUUACAGUCCCCGUUGUGAUCGUGUAUGUGGACAUUGUUUACCGAACGAUUUCAAUGUGGUAAAAUGUCAUCGUUACACUGGAUAUUGUGAUAAAGGUUGCAUAGAUAGCUACUUCGGUCGGCGCUGUGACCAGAAAUGUGGAAAAUGCCUACCUGACGAUAAGGGGGCAGUUAAAUGUGACAAAGACACAGGAAGUUGUUUUAGUGGUUGCAUCCCAGGCUUCUUUGGUAAAGCAUGUGACAAUAAAUGUAGCGGUAACUGUCUUGAUUCAAGCAUAAAAACAGAUGUCUGCGACAUAAUAUCGGGAAAAUGCCUUUAUGGAUGUGUGUCAGGUAGGUAUGGUGACACAUGCAAUGAAACUUGCAGCGACACGUGUUCUAAAAGAGCCUGCAGUCGAAAAGCGGGCUUCUGUGACAAUGGGUGUGUUCAAGGUUGGUACGGUGACUCAUGUAAUAAACCUUGCAGCGACACGUGUUCUAAAAGAGCCUGUAGUCGACAAUCGGGCUUCUGUGACAAUGGAUGUGUUCAAGGAUGGUAUGGUGACACAUGCAAUAUAACUUGCAGCGACAUGUGUUCUCUAAGCUUCUGCAAUCAAAACUCAGGCUUCUGUGAAAAAGGAUGUGUUUCUGGUUGGUACGGUGACUCGUGUAAAGAAUCAUGUAGUAGCACCUGUUAUGACAAGACAUGUGACCAAUAUUCAGGCUACUGUUACAAUGGAUGUGCGUCCACAUACUAUGGCGACACGUGCGAAUUCAACUGCGUUGUCACUUGUAAAGAACGCGAUUGCGACAGGGAAACAUCACAGUGUUUGCGGGGAUGUGUGACAGGAUUUCAAGGAGCAUUCUGUAAUAUUACAAUGGAAACUGGCACUGAUUCUGUUUUAGUUAGCAUUGCGGGCAGUCUGGUUGGGGCUAUAAUAUUACUUGUAUUUGGCUUGAUUGUUUGGUUGUUAAGAAGAGUACUACUCAAAGACAAGCGUUAUGACAACCUUCAAAUGUCUACCAGGAACACCGCAGCGUCAAUAUAUGACGAGAUAAGAGCUACAAGAGACAAAACAGAGGAACGCCGUGUUAGUGAGAGCCAUUCAUACACGGAAAUUGAUGGUGCCCUUCCAAUGAGUAUUCAUGAAUCUAGAUCAAACUCUUUUGAUGACGAUUUUGCUGGUAAUUCUUCAUCAACGCUUGCAACUGUAGAAAACAUUGAAGGCACUCCGCCGUUUUGUGCAAACGCUCUCAACAUGUCUGCAUUGCAAUCGGAAGACAAUAAAGAUAAUAAAAGCGAUGGCAACGAAACUCAGAUAUCCAGUUUCAUUUCUUCUGCUGAGGUUCAUAGAAAAGGUUCAAACCGAUCAAGAAAAUAUUAUGAAAUACCUGACAUUGUACCUGGUGUAAAUCACAAAGUUGAAAGCAACCAUACCAUUGAAAGCUAUGAAAUUCCUUUAUCCAAUGCAAGUACUAGAUUUCGGAAAGCCCAAGUUCCUGAAGCAGGCAAUGCAAAUCUAUCAAGACAAUGUAACAUAAAGACUGACGUAGCUACAAGCCAAAGGAGAGAUUCAAAGAAACCACAGAAGAAACAACUGAUGUCUAAAAGAAAUAAGGAAAAAGAUGCAAAUGACAUUAAUCCAACUCCUCAAAAGUUUAAAGACGAUAAAUGCAACAUAAAUCCUUCUAGAUUUAAUAUGGAGAUGCAGUUUAAAACACGUCAAAUGCAGGAGGAGAUACAUAAAAGAGACAGUGACAGCUUAAAUUAUAUACAUCCAGUGAAUUGAAAUAAUAAUAGCAUUCAAAACAAGAAUUACUUUCCCUUUCAAAUAUAAGACAAGGGAGAAAUAAGUUUCAGAAGUAACUAGAUGCACCCUUGCAACUGGGUUAAUUAGGAAAAUUUAAAUGGAAACCAAUAAAUUUGUUUAAGUAUUCUAUAUUAAUAUAAGAAGCAUUAAAAAUAUUCUAAUCUUUAAAUACGUGGUACCUGGCAUAAAAAGAUACCUGACUUGAAGACGAAAUUUGUAUUCUGAGACACAGCGCAUGUUCUUCGUACAGGUAUUUACAGCUGGAAGCUACGCUUUUCUAUUAGAUUGAUGCAGAAGACUUUACAAUAGGCUCUUCUGAAAAGGCCACUUCGAUUGAGCUGUUUAGAUAUUUGUCUUAAAAUAUUGUUUUGAAAUAUUUUUCCAUUACAACUUCCUUUUGUUGUGGGCCUACUAUGUAAAUGCGUAGCUCUGGGGCUGUGUUUUGUGAUGCUUUGUGCUUCCGAGAAAUCUACCCUUACCUAUUAUCUUUUCUUGCUUCUUGUUUUUUUUUCUUGUUGCUCUGCUUUCUUUACAGUAUAAUUUUUGCAUGUGUAUUUACACGUGUGAUUUAUUAUUCUCUGAUAAAUGAAGUUCAGCAUAAUUCUGAUCAUCAUGCUUUAACCUUUACCCUGCUAAGUUUCUGCAAUGAACUUGUCCAUAUUUCUAUUGGGACAGUACCAUUAACUGUUUAAGAGGGUACACACCAAAACAUACUGACUGAAUGGUGAACAGUGUAGAUCAUACAAAGGCAGAAUCAAUCGUGUCCAGCACGAAAAGGGUUAAUGACUAUAUAUAUUGAAACGAUUCUAAACAUUGCGUUUUUAGGGUUUAUCGUUUGAUUUACAUUGUUCAUUGCUCAGAUGCUUGGAUAUACCAAGACGGCGUUAAAUUCCUGCGCAUCUGUACUGUGCCCCGUGCAAAAUUGGAUGAUAAACAAUGGGAAGGCUUUGAUUAUUUGUUGAACGAGCUAACACGGCAGUAUUCUUAUGACCAAGUGAGUGUGAGAAUUCAUAAAUAACACCUUAUAACAAUUUACUUUUUAUCAUAGUUAUAAGUAAACAUUUCAUGAAAAUGUCCCAAGCCUUAUAAAGAACCUUAUAAGAAAAAUAAUGCAAAUAUCAAAAUAAAUGGUAAUAUAUCAUUAACCAGAAUAAACGCUUAAUAUAACACAGAUGUCGCACUCGAAGUGACGCCUUAUAUUUGUUUUAUUUCUUGUGUCUUUGCAUGUCAUUUAUGUACAAAUUUGUUUUAAUAUAAAUUGUUUUUUUACUAAUCUAUUGUAAUUUAUAUGUCCUAGGAAAAAUAUUUCCAUUCCACUUAUCUUUAGAGCAAGACUGACUAAAUUACAGAAUCCCCCGGUUUACAGAAGUGUAAUUUACAACUCGCAAAACUCUGUUUUGUUUGCUUUGCAAUACUAUCAAAUAUAAAAUGCCAAACAAAAAAGGAGCAAGAUUUGAGGAGAUACCUGUCCACAUCAUUUAUUGAAAAAAGUCAUUGAAUUUUACUCUUUCAUCCGAGGUUAUUUUGAAAACAAUAUGUACUUUCUAGUUUUACUGAACAAAAGUAUUUGAAGAAAUAAGAAAAUUGAUAUGUUCUUGCUAAUACAGAAUAUUUAUUUAUAAGCGUUUUCUUUAAAGUUAUAUUGAUUAAAUAAAACAUAGUGUCGUCUUUAUUUCGUCA